AUGGGCAACGGUGCUGGGAAGCUUACGGUGUGCUUCACCGGAGUGGGACCCACUGCCGAGGAUGCUCGGCGGCGGCGGCGGAAGAGCAUGGUCAUGUCCGACCCCCCCGAAGACCUUGGCCACUCCUUCUGCUACAUACGCCCCGAACUGACCGCCCCCAAGGUCCACUCCGAGGAGACGACGACGUCGACCUCAUUUAAGUCCAUCUCCGGCGCCUCCGUCAGCGCCAACACCUCCACGCCGCUCUCCACCGACCUCUUCUACUCUCUGACCACCGCCGACCGGGCCUCCGCCUUCGAGGGCUCCACCUCCUUCGCCUCCAUCCCUCUCCAGCCCAUUCCCCGGAACCACUCAGGCCCGAUCCCCAACUCUGGACCCCUCGACAGAGGGUUCAUGUCCGGCCCCAUCGAGCGGGCCUUCUUGUCGGGCCCCCUCGACCACUUCCAACGCAGCUACUCCCAAGGCGGCCUUGCUUUCCGCCCCAGAUCAAGGAAACUCUCCCUCAUACGGGCCCUCAGGCGUGCCCUCUCCAAGGGGAUGGCCCGCGGCCACAACUCCAUUGUGGCUCCUGAGAAGCAGAGCAAAUUUAGCACCGAGUGUAGCUUGGAUGAUGAUGAUGAUGAUAAUGAAGUUACAAUGGGGACUCAGAAUUUGCAGUGGGCCCAGGGGAAAGCUGGGGAGGAUCGAGUACACGUGGUGGUCUCCGAGGAGCACGGAUGGGUUUUCGUCGGCAUUUAUGACGGAUUUAACGGCCCGGACGCGCCCGACUAUUUGCUGUCCAAUUUGUACCCGGCCGUUCAUAAGGAGCUCAAGGGUUUGCUUUGGGAUGACAAUAAUAGCAAUAGUAAAUCUGAAAAUUUGUUGGUUGAGAGAUCAUGCUCGGGGAAACCGGAUUUUGAUUCUCGGGAUAGGACUAAUGAUGGUGGUUGUUCAGGGUGUGGUGUAGAGCUAGAGAGUUAUCCUUGCACGAGCAGUUAUGGAAUAAAUGAGGACUUAAGGCAUUGUAGAAAAAGGUCAAGAAAUUCAAAGAGCAAAUAUCGGGGAGUUGCUAAGAAAUGGGAGGAAAAUCAUCGGACUUGGAGAUGUGAAUGGAAUAGGGAAAGAUUGGAGCUCGACAAACGGUUAAAAGAGCAGUCGGAUCAAGUUGGGCCGACGAAUCAUGGGGAUGUGCUGAAGGCUUUGUCAAGGGCUCUCAGGGAAACUGAGGAGGCAUAUUUUGAUGUUGCGGACCAAAUGGGGGGAGAGAAUCCCGAGUUAGCCCUCAUGGGCUCGUGCGUUCUCGUCACGUUGAUGAAGGGGGAAGAUGUAUAUGUGAUGAACGUGGGGGACAGCCGGGCUGUCCUGGCCCAAAACAAGGGACCCGAUCUCUGGAGCCAGGAUUUAGAGAGAAUCAAUGAGGAGACACUUUACGAUCUUGAGUCUUUUGAUGAGGGCGUGCCAGAUUUGCUGCCGAGCUUAACUGCUUUGCAGCUUACAAACGAACAUAGCACCUCGGUUGAGGAGGAAGUUAUGAGGAUUAGAAACGAACAUCUUGAUGAUGCUUGUGCUGUGAUCAAUGACCGAGUGAAAGGUUCAUUAAAGGUUACUCGAGCUUUUGGGGCCGGUUUUCUCAAACAGCCCAAGUGGAACAAUGCACUUCUAGAGGCAUUCAGGAUCGACUUCAUUGGGAGCUCCCCAUACCUAAACUGCCUCCCCUCACUUUACCACCACAGGUUAGGGCCGAGGGACCGGUUUCUAAUUCUGUCGUCUGAUGGGCUUUAUCAGUACUUGACGAAUGAAGAGGCUGUGUCUGAGGUGGAGCUCUUCAUUUCUUGGUCUCCAGAAGGUGACCCCGCCCAGCAUCUGCUUGAGGAGUUGCUUUUCCGUGCUGCCAAAAGGGCUGGCAUGGAUUUUCAUGAAUUACUGGAAAUACCGCAAGGGGAUAGGCGACGGUACCAUGAUGACGUCUCCAUCAUCGUCAUUUCUUUGGAGGGAAAGAUAUGGAAAUCGUGUGCGUGA